UAACUAUAUAGAUACCGGUACCUACAAUCUCCGCCAUAGGUGAGCUGCAUGCGCACACGACGACUCUCUGGGACUCGUGAUCGUAAUUGCAUCCUCGUAAUCCGCCUCGAGCGCUCAUACAUCCACCAUCACCGCAAUUCUCUAGUCACCGGCCAUUGCUUCUGUCGUGCGACCGUGGCAUUCGUCCAAAACCGGCAUCGCAGCCGAUCUGAAGGAGAUUUCGCAACAGAAGAGUAUCGCCACGACCAAUCCGUCAUCCAAGCAUGUCCAUUCGUUUUCACGCUCGCACGCCUCUGCUGUCGCUCUGGCACGAUCCUAACUCGCCAGAAUCAGUGCGGCUUCUUCAAGAGCUUCACAAGCGACUCUCAGCUUCCUCGGCCUCCAAAGCCGGACGAUCCGUCGCAGAUGCUUCGCGCUCCGAGGCUCAGGGUUACUUGGAGCUUGUAGCCCGCUCCGCUCCCGGCUCUGAAGAGCCAUUCGCAGAGUUGCAAAUCAUCGAUCGACACUCUAAUCCACCUACAGAGACUCAAUGGCAGUCUAUCCGGUCUUACCUGCCCGCGCACGUCGCCACACCCAGCGCAUUCGUCCAAGGCGCCAUCGACUCUGCAACGAUGCAAGGCGCGGCCACUGCUUCUGUAGAGCACGCUCACGGAAACGAUGGUCGACAGACACACCCGGCGGCAGUGGGCAGCGCAGCUGCACCGCCCGACGGAUCGGUCAGGACGAGGAUCAGAGAGGCGAGAGCGUACAAGCCUCAAUCUGCCGUGCCUCUUGCUUCCGAAUCCACCUCUCCAGCUUUGGCGAGCGAAAAGGAACCUUACGCAGCUACGCCAGUACAGCCGAUUGCUACUCAAAAUGCAGAGAUGCAAAAAGCGACGGAUCUGUCAGGCGUGGACGAGGACACUUCUGCACUGCCUGUCAGGUUGAGACCAGGACCUAUCCUCGUGGCUUGGGAUGAUGGAGUGGCCGCAGCAGACUGGGCUGGGGCCAAGGAGAUCUUGGACAGGUUGGAGAAGCGAAAUCAAACAAAGGGCGCUGGACGAGGGUCCAGCUGCGUCAUAGCGUAGCAAGGCGACAAAGGCUGGUCACCGAGAAAAGGGGUCAGGCAGACCGCACCGGAGGGCGCGCGAAGCGACGACGUGCCCAUCGGGCCUCAAGCACCACCUUUCGAUCCCACAUGUACUCUAUGGCUUCCUUUGUGUACACCAGCGUCCACAUGCGCAAUCCUUUCUGCACGCGCCACCGCAACUUCUUGUUCGAUCCGAGUUUCACAUGUGAUUGUGCCUCCAAAUUGACGAGCGUCGAAAGCUAUAGUUCCAUCGUCCAUGCAGCAAGCGCGAAACCCAGCAAUGUAGAGUACA